CCCAGUAGACCCCAUUCAGUUUAAAUAGAGCUUUGUGAACCACAUGGCAAGACAGAGCUGUCUGGAGAGCCGAGACUUCAUCGCGUUGAAAAUUGUUUUGGUCCUUAGGGCUAUUUCACCACAAUGGAGGUGAUUUCCGGGAUGCAAAAGAUGUCAGUGGGGCAGUCGCCAGCGGGAAGGGGUGCGGCGUGUCUGACAUGUAAAGGGAUCUGCUCUGGAUUCCAGCCACAUUCCUGGAGAAAAGCUUGCACUCAGUGUCACUGCGGCCAAGAGGACCACGCGUCCAGCUCUGACCUUGAGGAUGACUUUAAAAUGGGCCGAUUGUUAGAGAACUCCAAGUACGCCCACCUGACUGCCAAAGUCAAAGGUGGAGAGGGGAUGAGGGUCUACAAGCGCAACCGCAUGAUCAUCACCAACCCUGUGGUGUCUCGCAAAGACCCCACCUUCAACACCAUCACCUAUGACUGGGCUCCACCUGGUCUGACUCAAAAAUUGGCUAUGCAGUACAUGGAGCUUCUACCAGAGGAAAGGAGGCCCGUAGCAGGCACGGAGGGAGCUCUGUACAGGCGCAGGCAGUUGAUGAGGCAGCUCCCUGCUUACGAUCAGGAUCCAUCACAGUGCCACAGCUUGUCAGAGGCUGAAGUCAAAGCCAUGGCCGAGUUUGUAAAAAGUUAUAAGGAGGAGGCGUUGGGAGUGGGGGAGGUAGCACUGCCAGGAGAGGGAGGAAUGUCCAAAGACAACGCUGGAAAACAGAAGAAUGAGAAAGAACAGCCAAACCCAGAGCCUACCACCAAUGGCACACUGGAGGAGAAUGGCAAGAAAAGUGAAUAUAACUGUAGCGGCUGUGGGCAGUUGGCGGCCUUAGACAGCCCCGUCGUCUACGCAGACAGAGCAGGAUACGAGCGGCUCUGGCACCCAACCUGCUUUGUGUGUGUGGAGUGUGGCGAGGCGCUGGUGGAUCUGGUGUACUUCUGGAGUAAAGACACGCUUCUAUGUGGACGGCAUUAUUGCCAGAGCCUGAAGCCACGCUGCCCGGGCUGCGAUGAGCUGAUCUUCUCUGAGACAUGCCACCAGGAAAAAGGCCAGACCUGGCAUAAGGAGCAUUUCUGCUGCUGGCAGUGUGGCCAGAAUCUCCAUGUUGCCUGUGGUUGCACCAAAAAAAACGAAAAGUGAAAGUCCAGACCUGUGAAAGCAGAAGGCCAGUUUGGAUGUAAAGAUAUACCACAUUGUUUUUUUGCUCUAUUUUAAUAGACCUGACAUGCCAUCCAGACUGUCUCUCUCUUUUAUACAUGAAGUAUGUCUAUGAAUUAAAAUGACGCCACCAGUAAUUUAAACAUUGGUGGAAAUUAGAUCUAGUGCAUGUGUUAAGAGAAUGAACUUUUCAAUAGCGAGUGUAUAUCAUCAAAUGGUCCCCCCCCCCAAAAAAAAAGGUUUUAGUGCAUUACUGAUUACGCCCACACCCUAAUGUUUAGAGAAAAACCCCACUGCGCUAAUACUUAUUAUAUAACGCAGUCAUGUGUGCAGCUUGGAGCAGGAUGAACCUUUAGGGCUGCGACCUGUUUGCGUCAUACAUGAGAGCAUAUGGAUGAGUCACAGAUGAGCUGGAGGUUUUUGUCAGAAAACGUUCAGGAGCGAUUAGACCGUGAGCGAUAACGUGAAUAGUGAGAGACGAGAUAAAAUAAAAGUCUCAAAAAGAUCUCGGAGAGAGAUGUAGAAAACACUUAGCGCUAUCUGUUUUGAAGACAGAUGGCGCGAGGCAGAAAGGUCCCUCUCUUGCCAGCUGAUCCGUCUGGAGUUUCACAAGCGGCCGUUUGCCGGCGCUGUCCGAGAUAAAACAGAUCCUGUCUCGUAUAAGCACACGGGCAAGAGUUCACGAGCGAGCGCAGCCUACGCAUCAGGGCGGUUCAUGCGAGUGUGUUUGUAAAUAUUUCAUAACCCUGACACUUACGGCCUGACCAAGGAUUCCUGUGAUGAUGGGAGAGUUGGACGAUUGUAUAAAAUGCCAUGUCUGGCUCCACUUUUUGAAUGAUGUAGGUAUUAUAAAUAAAUAAAUGCUACAAGUCAAAUGUUUGGACACGGUAGAUGAAUACAUGAAUACAUUCUCUCUCUUUAUUUGGAACACAUGUACACCUGGUCAUUCGUGCAGUUAUCCAGUCAGCCAAGAAAAAAAUGUCCAGAAUGGUUUAUGCCAACAGGAAGCCUACGGGGGGUUUGAACAAAUCUGUGUUUACAGCCGCAGUGAACAGAAAAGCAUCUCAGAACACACACGGCAUCCGGGCUAUGGCUGCUUAAGACUCCGGUUUCAAUGAUCACCCUGAUCGCACCUGUGGCCCCGAUGUAUUGUGACUGUUCUGUGCAUGAAAAUCUCAGCAGAUUCUAAAAUACAUGCCCCGGCCCAUCUGCCCUCAAUAACCCCACCAAGGAGCUUAAAGUUACUCAUUAAGUGUAUGGCACUUGGUAGAAAGUGAAAUCUUUAAUGGAUGGAGUAUUAAAUGUACAAUAUAAAAUUCUGUGUGUGUUAAAGGAAAUCUUCCUCAUUACCCUGCCUAUGAGUUCGAAUUCUCUCCCACUUGUAAAAAAGUAUUUACAGAAACGAAUAAUCAGAUUUCUUCAACACCAGCCACAAAACACAAGUCCAAGCUUGGGCGGUUUGGAUUUCAGGCAGUAACCUAACCCUUUAUCAUCUCGGCAUUGUUUGAAAAUGUUUAUCCAGAUGUUUUAUGUUUUAGAGAGAAAAAAACAAAUGCCUUAUAUGUGAAAGCCUGUUCCUGUGCUUAUUUUUAUUAUGAAUAUUAGGUUUCACACGGUUAUGAUUAAAGCGCUCGAAAAGUACGGACUUGACGAGGCGACGGCACGCGAUUAUUUUUCUUUCACGUGAUCAGUGCAGCCUCGGAGAAAGAAAGAUCUUAAAACUAAAUAGGUUUUGAUAUCACGGAAUCAUAAUCUUGUUCCCACCUCUAGUUUUAUAUCUUAUUCUCUUAAUAUAAAAAGAGGGAAUGUGUUUGGUGCUUUGUAAUUUAUGAUGAUGAUGAUGAUGAUGAUGAUGUGUAGAAGUAAACGAAGGGCAAUUAAAAGGCUACAAAGUCAUAUUUUAAACUGGAAUAGUAGGAUGAGGCAGGAUUUCAGGCACCAUAUACCACUGGUAGAAUGAGUUUAUUACCUUUCAAUAGAUUUUAUUACCAGGAAUCUGUCGCAUGUUUUCUAUAGUAAACCAAUGAUGAGUUAUUUUGAUAUUGCGUUGACAUCUUCACUUUGAAUAAAUCAACUGGAAGGCUGAAUUUGGAAUGUAAAAUACGUAAAGGACACUAACCAGAGAUCUGAUUUAGUCUGUAUUGAAUAUUUUCUUCUAAAUCUUUUAAGUAUUAAUCUUAAAUCUAUAAAGACUCUAUUCAUGUAUAUUUGAUUCUGAAAGCGAUGUUUGUGUCCAUUGUUUGAUCAUAAGGACCGAUGCAAUGAUUUGUGUUGUUUGUUUUAAAACGGCAUUUGAUGAAAUUCAACUUUUUGUCCUUUUUUUUUUUUUCUUUUGUUUUUUAAAGAAUUAUUUUUGUUGUUGAAUGUAUAUCAAACAAGUGCAAACGUUUUCAUCCCCACAUGGCUUUUGAAUGGAAAAAAAAAAAAAGAAUCCCAAUAUUUUACCAUUUUAUACACCCUAAUACAUCCAUUUCAGAGUGUAUACAAAAGCUGAUUUGAGGAUUUUAACGAAAUGAAUAUUUAUAUUGUAUUUAAAAAAAAUACAUAAUUGGAUUGUUUAAAUUGUGUGUUUUCACUAUUAUUACAAUAUUUAUUUUUAUUUGUGUUUAAAAAAAUGUUUUCCUAAGGGUAUACAAACGUUUGCACAUUCGAUUCCCAGACAGUUUGACCUGGUUGACAUUUGUGCUUUUAUGUCUAAAUGUAUUUUCUUUGACCUAUGAAUAAAUAUCGCACAAUAUACA